UUGGUUUUCCACUUUAGAUAUAAGGCUCAUCGUCUUUUACCCAGCGGCGCUCUUGGCCUUGCUAUCUACCCUAGACACUACAGCCUUAACCUAGUCGGUGUUCAGACAAGCACUCGAGUUCGUAAUGAGAGCGUCGACAUUUGGCAAAAUGUUUACGGAUUUCGGAUGCCAGCAAUGCGUCGAGCCGCGAUUGUCGAGGCACAUGUCAUCGAUUUGACUAAUACGCAUAAGAUCUAUCUUGAGCUAUAA